UUUCUAAAUAAGCCUUUUCUGGCAGGUUCAGCCCCGAGAUUGUGUUCAGUGGGUGGGUCUUUAACCUGCCAUAUAUAUGGUGUGAUAGGUCUUCAGUUCAGUUUAAGGAAGUGUAGGACUGCAAUACAGGACCGUGUCGAAUCACUUCACUGGCUGAAAGAUGUUGCGGAUCAGUGUGUGGCUGUUCAUGGGGGUGUUUGUGUGGGACUUUGCCUCCUGCUCCAUCACCUGUCCUGACGGCAGCAAAUGUUCCGAUCUCGCCACCUGCUGCAUGACUACGCAAGGAUAUAGCUGCUGUCCAUAUCCAAAGGCCAUGUGCUGCGCUGACCUUACCCACUGCUGUCCCCCGGGCUUUCGUUGUAACCUGGUCACCCAGAUGUGUCAGAAAGAAAACCAGCCGUGGAUCACCAUGCCCAUGGUGAAGAAGGAGGACGCGGAGAGACCAAGCCUGCCUGUAUCUCCCCCUCAGGAGCUCCAAAAUACCCAUGUCCCGGACACAAAAAAAAGCUCAGUUGUCCACUGUGACAACUUAUACACGUGUCCUGAUGGCUAUACCUGCUGCAGACACCCAAAAGGCGUAUGGUUCUGUUGCGGGUACACUCUUGGCCGCUGCUGUCUGGAUGGCUACCACUGUUGUCCGUAUGGCUACGACUGUGACCUCACUUACACUCACUGCGUGAGGGAGAGCCUGAGAUAUCCUUUCACCCCCAAACAAGCUCUGUCGUCGAUCCCCGCCUCUCUCAUAUCACCUCCGGAAGACGAACCAAGCUUUAAGGAGACACCUAUGACGACUCUAACAGAGGCCAGAGUCAGUGACCCUGAGGCUGGAGUCAUCCGCUGUGAUUCCAAGUUCUACUGCUCACAGGGGAACACUUGCUGCAAGGGAUCCACAGGCCAGUGGAACUGCUGCCCCUACCCACUGGGACAGUGUUGCAAAGACGGUGUGCACUGCUGUCAGUACGGAUAUACCUGCGACCCCUCCUCCUUGUCAUGCACAGGUUUCUUCUCUCAGGUCCCGUCAGGAGCACAGGAGACUGCCAGAACCGACUGAGGACAUGUUGAGCACUGCUGCACUUUUGUUCCUCAUUUGGUGCAUUCUUUUGUUACACUUGUCAACUCAAAUAUAGCAACGCUUUUUGGCCUCUGUAGAGAAUGAACAGAAACUGGGUCGAUUUAAAAUUUUAAUGGAUCAAUAAUAAACAAUCACAAUUUGCUCAUAACACAAUAUUACACAUUUUCUAUUCUGUUUCGGAUGAACGGUACUGCAUGUCGGUUUCUCCCAAACAAUGUGAUAUCAACAUCGGAUAUUAAACUGCACAGAAAUACAGUGGGCAUUGCACAUUCAUUUAAGAUUACAUGUCUGUGUUUUUGUUACUGAGUUUCUUUGACAUCAUUCACAUUAUCUGCUGAAAUCAAGCAACAAAGAUAGAGUUGUUCUUUUCAUGAUGCAGCCAAAACUUGCAGCUAAAGCUUAAAUCACUGUCACAAUCACAAAUCGCAAUGUCUUUUAAAGCAGAAAAAUAUGAUUUAAAUAAAAAAAAUAUAUACACAAUGA